AAGAGCACAAGCAUCAGCUCACAGAAAAAGACCUCCAGCUAAUCUGACAUACUUCUCCGUGUUAUUGAAUAUUAUUUCAGAUCGUCCUCCACUGGAGUGUAGGGCACAGGGAUGCUUUUCCGCUCAAUAGUCGACAGAGGAGCUGGCAGACGAAGGUUUAAUGCCCUGCCUGUGGACCCCCGGCCCAGGUACCCUCUGAGCUCUCUGCUGGGAGGCUUCGAGUGCGUCCGGCAUGAUGAACACAUCUCCUAUGGAAACCUGGGCGACCCUGUGCCGCCGUUUGGAUUGGCUUUCUCCUCUGCGGGGCACAUGCAGAACGUCCUCGCAGCGGCUAAUGAAGAAGGCAUCGUUAGGAUCUACAACACAGAGAGCCGGGAAAAGACACUCCUUAAAGAAUGGCUGGCUCAUGAGAAUGCUGUCUUUGACAUAGCCUGGGUACCGGGGGAGCCUCACUUGGUGACUGCUGCUGGUGAUCAGAUGGCCCGGCUGUGGGACGUGAACUCAGGGGAGCUGUUGGGCAGCUUCAAGGGUCACCUCUGUAGCCUCAAGUCUGUUGCAUUCACACCCUGGGAGAAAGCUGUGUUCUGUACUGGGGGCAGAGAUGGAAAUAUUAUGGUCUGGGACACCAGGUGCAGCAAAAGAGAUGGUUUCUACAGGCAGGUGAAACAGAUCAGUGGUGCUCAUAACAAAGCGGAGACCAACGCUCCCGCCAAAACAAAGAAGAGGCGGAGCAGCACACGUGGCAUGGCUCCCAGUGUGGAUACCCAGCAGAGUGUCACGGUGGUUUUGUUCCGGGAUCAGCACACCCUCAUCUCUUCUGGGGCUGUUGAUGGAGUGAUCAAGAUGUGGGAUCUGAGGAAGAACUACACCGCACUCCGUCAGGAUCCUGUUCCCCUGCAGACGUACCCGUACCCGGGUUCUUGCAUGCGCAUGCGACUGGGUUAUUCUGGACUCGUUCUGGACUCCACAAGAUCCAACGUCAUAAGUAACUGUACCGAUGAUAAUAUCUACAUGUUCAACGUCAGCGGAAUGAAAACGACUCCAGUGGCUGUUUUCAGUGGCCACCAGAACUCCUCAUUUUAUGUAAAGUCCACUAUUAGCCCAGAUGACCAGUUCAUGGCCAGUGGUUCAAGUGACAAUAACGCAUACGUCUGGAAGAUCUCUGAUCCUAAACAACCUCCCAUGAUGCUCCAAGGCCAUAGCGAGGAAGUGACAUCUGUCGCUUGGUGCCCGACCGAUUUUACGAAGAUUGCUUCCUGUUCUGAUGACCACACUGUACGGAUCUGGAGACUUCACCGGGAGAUGGAUGGAGCACAAUCUUCAGUGGGAGAGGCCAACCUCGUGGGUUGGGCACGUCCUAAAGCUCCCUCAAGGCCUUCAAUCAGAGCUGAAACAACUCCUGCCAAGAACCAGAGGACAGAGAGUCUUGGAGGCUUGGCGUCCCCCCAGCUGGCUGCCUGUGCUCCCAGUGGAGCUGCCUUGCCUCUGCCCUCCAGCACCACCUCACCCAUCCCUUCACAGGGUGCUACGGGUGCUGCUGCUGUUCGCCAGAGAACGUCAUCUUCUAUCAAACAGUGGUUAUCCCCGAGUUGUGGGUCUCCGGGUCAGCUCAACCCUCUGGCCCGCAGGGUGCUGAGCCCGUGUCCCCAGAGCCCGGCGAGCAGCACCACCUCUCCCACAGAACGACGGGCCAAGCGCAGGCUGGAGACGGGUGACGGAGCAUCUGCCGGCUGUGAGGGCGUAGUACAGUGCAACUGUGUUACUGAACUCUACCCUGCGGCCAAGAGAAGCCGUGUCCUGUCUGGGAUCUGCUGCCCUGCUCAAGAGAGCCGGCUACAAACAGACUGUCGCACAGAGGACAACGAGCAAGUCUCACCGAGACAGACGGGCAAGGAGAACUGCUCUCCCAGAGAAAAGGACUGGUUGUCAGAGAUGGGCCAAAAGAUGAGGAAAGGUCAAGGAAGCCCCGGUACUCCCAGAAGCCCCAGUACUCCCAGAAGCCCCAGCGCCUCUAAGAAACAAGAAGGCAAGACACCAGUUUCACCGACCAUCCGCUCACCACAAACCAUGAAGAAAAUCUCCGUGUAUUUCACAAGAAGGGCUCUGGAGUGACACACAGUGAGAUGCUUUGUGCUUCUGUUUGAAAAGAUAGAUUUUUUUUAUUUUGAGUGUUUUUAACCUGAACUGACAGACAAUAAGCCUCUAAGAAGACUGAUGUAAAUCCAGAUUACAUGAGCCUGGGCUGCAUAGUUUGACAAAACACUCAUUCUAAAUAAUUGAUGCUGCAGUUUUCAAAUCCCAAGAGGCUGUUUUUUUAUUUGAAUUGGGAAAUGGGUUUUGCAGUUGCCAGCUGCACAAUUUUCUUGUGCUGUACACAAUCUCUGGUUGAAAAAAAUGUUGUAUGUUUUGGUGAGUAAAUCAUUAAUUUUACUCAAAACUGACAACUUCAAGAUAUACAUUAGUGUUUAAUACAAGAACACAGUUAAUGAAGUUGUUCAACCAGGUAUUAAUCCUCAAGUGCAGAGGAAAAUGUUUGUCUGCAAAUACGAACAUUUUAAAUUCUUCUUAAAAAAUACGAUUUAUUUGAUCCACAUCUUUGAGUAGUUUUAUGAAUGUCACAAAGUUUAUUUAUUGCAUGUAUGGGUUUCAUUGUUUUUUCUUUCAAUCUUACCCAAAUCAUAUUCUGCAAAAUGUUAUUUCUUGAACUAAUGCUUAAGUUGUUUAUAUGUACAAAGUAACAAAUGAUCGUUGCUUGGUUCUUUUGUAUUUCAUUGAUGCAAAUUUGCUGUGGUCAGAUUUUAUUAAAUUCAAAAGAUGUUUCAAUGCG